GGGCUCGGGUAGUUCCUCCUCCGCCGCGCCUCGCCGCACAUGCUCAGAUCCCCGCGCCGAGCUCCGCGUCUCCUGAGCGGCCUGCGCUCUCUCUCUCUCUCUCUCUCUCUCUCUCUCUCCUCUCUUCUCCUCUCCUCUCUUGCUCUCUCCUGCUCUCCUCUAGCUCAGAUGCUCUCAUGGAGCUCGAGUCUCGUUUGCGUCCAUCAUGCGCUUUAGGAUCUUAAUAAGAUGUAUGUGUGUUUUGAGAUAAUCAUUUUGCUUCUCUCCUGCAACUUCUGCGUCUUCGUGCACACUCAGGAUCCUUCCUGCUGCCAUCAUGCUGCGGAGCUCUUCCCUCAGUGCAGAGGAGCCUGUGAACAGCUGUCCAGCAUCAGGAGCGAGUCUCGUCUGAAGCAUCUCCUCCAGCGUCUGCCCAGCUACUGCCCCGAGUCUCUGAGCGAACUUUGGGUCUGCAUCAACAACACGCUGCCGGGAGCAUCCAAGAAGUCGGACGGAUGGGUGGGUUUGGGCUGCUGUGAGCUGGCCAUCUCCGCCGAGUGCCGCAGGGACUGCAAACAGGCGUCGUCUAAAAAUGACAUCACUAAAGUAUGCAAGAAAGACACCGAGAAACCACUCUUCAGCUGCAUCACCAAAAAUGAAAUGGGCUCAGUAUGCUGCAGUUAUGCAGGGAGACACACAAACUGCCAUGAAUACUGUCAGGCCAUCUUCCGCACAGACUCGUCUCCGACCGUGUCCCAGAUCAACGCCGUCAAUGAGUACUGCCAGAGCAUCAGUUCUCAGCUCAUCAGCUGCGUCCACAACUACACCAAAUCAUACCCCAUCCGCAGCCCCAUCGACAGUCUGUACUGCUGUGACCGGGCGGAGGAGGCUCACUGUCAGACGGCCUGUAAGCGUAUCCUGCGCACGAUGAGCACGGAGCAGGAGAUCAUGGAGGGUCUGAUCAGUGAGUGUGGCAGUCAGCCGCUCCCGCAGGACCCUCUCUGGCAGUGCUUCCUGGGUAGUGCUCAUCCUCCCGCCAACCCUGACCCCGAGUCACCGCCCAUCGCCAAGAUGGACUACGCCAAACUACACUGCUGCUUCAAGGCCAACACGUCCAGCUGCAGGAACAUGUGUCUGGAGAUCAGCACUAACUGGGGCACUCAGACGUGGCAGGAGUUUGACCAGCACUGUGAAUAUAACCCUGCUGAGAUGGACCUCAUCACGUGUCUGGCCGACGUCCGGGAGCCCUGCCAGCUCGGCUGUAAAGACCUCAGCUACUGCACCAACUUCAACAACAGGCCGACGGAGCUGUUCCGCAGCUGUAACGUUCAGUCGGAUCAGGGAGCCAUGAACGACUUCAGGCUCUGGUCCAACGGAACCAUCAAGAUGCCCUUCAUGAACAUCCCGGUGCUGGACAUCAGGCGCUGCCGGCCGGAGAUGUGGAAGGCCGUGGCCUGUGCUCUUCAGAUCAAACCCUGCUACAGCAAGUCCAGAGGAAGCGUCAUCUGCAGGUCGGACUGCGUGGAGAUCCUGACUCAGUGCGGGGACCGGAAGCGCUUCCUGGAGGGUCAGACUCCCGAGCGGAUCUGUGACCUGCUGUCUCCCACCGACGACCCCGAGCGCUGCAUCCCUCUGCACAGAUACCUCACGCCCAGUGUGUUUGAGAACACCAUUGAAGAGGUCAUCCACCCCUGUAACCCUAACCCCUGUCCCAGCAGUCACCUGUGUGAGGUCAACAGGAAGGGCUGCCACGCCGGACACGACUGCCUGCCCUACUUCUGUGUUCCCGGCUGUAAGCUGGGGGAGGCGUCGGAGUUCCUGGUGCCGGUGGACGGCCGGAUUCAGGUGCCCACACGCAGCGGUCAGCUGGGCUGCUUCGAGGUGUGUACCUGCGGUCAGAGCGGCCGUCUGGAGAACUGUGCUGACCUGCCCUGCUUCGACACCAGCAAGACCUGCGUCACGGGAGGACAGCGCAAGAGUCACGGCGUGUCGUUCCGGGUCGACUGUCAUCCCUGCUCCUGCUUCGCCGGGGAAAGCAUCUGCUCGUCUCGUCAGUGUCUGCGCUCGGACGGAUCAGACGAGGACAGACGCCUCUUCACAGGUCUUCCCUGCGGCUGCGCUGAUCACUUCGUGCCGGUUUGUGCUCGGAACGGACGAACAUACCCCAGCGCUUGUGUCGCCCGCUGCGUCGGCUUCAAGGACAACCAGUUUGUGUUCGGCUCCUGCAGGAGCACUGACCCCUGCUCCCCGAACCCCUGCCAGAGGAGCCAGAGGUGUGUUCCCAGGCGUCAGGUGUGUUUGACGGAGCUGUCAGAAUAUCCCUGUCCUCAGUAUGAGUGUGUUUCCCGUCCGUCCGGCUGUGAUCAGAACCAGCUGGAUCCGGUCUGUGACACCGACAACAUAGAACACACCAACCUGUGUCUGCUGCAGCAGCGGAUCAAGAACCUGGCCUACAUGGGACACUGUCAGGACGCCUGCAGAAGGCCCAGAGAGGUGUGUGGUCAUAAUGGGGAGACCUACAGUACGGUGUGUGAAGCGUUCUCAGACCGUGUGGCUGUGGACUAUCAGGGUCGCUGUCAUGCGGUCGGCGUCGUGUCAGAGUUCACCUCAGACUCGGGCUGCAACGCCGUUCCCUGUCCACCGCUGUCCAGCCGCUCCUGCAACCCGGUCACACCGCCCGGAGCCUGCUGUCCGGUGUGUGCAGGAAUGCUGCAGAUCCUCUGGAAUAAAGCACAGAUGAACAGCUUUGCUAAGCUGAACCGGAAUCAGCCGGUGACGGUUCAUGAUAUCCUGAAGAUCCUGCGGCUGCACAUCUCUGUUCCUCAGUGUGAUAUCUUUGGGUACCUGAGCAUCGACUCUGAGCUGGUGUUCCUCAUCGUUCCUGUCGAUCAGCAGCCCACUCCUCUGCAGAUCGAAGCCUGCAGUAAAGAGGCGGAGAAGAUUGACUCUCUGAUCAACUCGGCGAGUCCGACCCUGGUGUCUCACGUGCCUCUGGCGGCCUUCCUGCACUCCGAGGUCAAGCUGUCCAGCAUCAGCUCGUCGGCGCUCGGCCCGCUCUCCGUCUCGCUCGGCGUCCUGCUCUCCUCGCUCCUCCUGUCCCUGACCGGUGACCUCUGACCUCUGACCUCCAGCGACCAGGACAAUCAGACUCAGUAUUAAAGACUUCCUGAAGGAAGCGGAGCUGCUUUCACGGAGCUUUCCAACACUUUUGUACCUUUGUAAAAACAGCCUGUUGUUUUUUUGUUUUUUUUUUAUUGUUUAAAAUAUUUUAUUAUUCCUCUAAUGUCAAUCAGUUUUUAAAAACGAGGAAGCCAGCCAUGUAAACCAAUAUGACAAUCGUAAACACAAUAUGCCUUGCUUAUAAAUGUAUAAAAUAUAUAUAUAUAUAUAUAUAUAUAUAAAUAUAAAUGUAUGUGUAUAGAUUUUUUUUUUUUUUAUUUGAUGAAGUAUUGCAAACACAACCCUUUAUUAUGUUGAGAAGCGUUGUGUUUAGAUGUGAGUGUGUGUGAAGCUGGCGUCGAUGCCCUGAUCCUGACAGUAUUAUUGGCUUUGGCAGCUGUGUAGCAUGAUGGGACGGGCCUGUCUGUCUCCGUGUGUAACACCUCCCAUCUAUAUUUUUAUAUGAUAAUAAUAAAUGUGAUCGUGUUGCCGAAGGAUUUGACCAGAACGCUCUAGUCGAUGUGAUUGUGCAGCUUCUAGAUGACUCCGAAAUUAAACCACGUGCACAAUCGUACAAAGAUUCAGGAUUUUUUAAAAGAAAUUAAUCCUUUUACUCAUUAUGCAUUAAAUGGACCAAAAGUGACAGCGAAGGCAUUCGUGACGUCACCAAAAAGAUCUGAUUUCAAAUAAAUGCUGUACUUUCUAUUCGUCUGUGAAUCCUGAAAAAUAAAACGCAUCACAGUUUCCACAAAAAAAA